AUGUGCCCCCCGGAUGUACCCGGCGGUCCCUGGGCCAAGACCGGCGACCCCAAGAAGGAGGAGGAGGAGGAGGAGGAGAUCGACAUCGACCUGAGCGCGCCCGAGACGGAGCGCGCGGCGCUCGCCAUCCAGGGGAAAUUCCGCAAGUUCCAGAAGCGGAAGAAGGAGUCGGGGCCCUGAGGGGGGGUCCCGGGACCCCCAACCCGCGCGGGGACCCCCCCCACCCCCCGUGGGAAGGAUCCCGCCCUGACCGCACCACGCGACGGCGCCGGGGAGGGGGGUCGAGCCUUCCCGGGACCCCCCCCGGGUGACACGGGGGGUCCGUGGGGGGACACAGCCGGGUGUCCCCCCGGAGGGGAGGUGGCCGUCGCGCGAGGGGGUGGAAAGAGCCCCCCAGUUCCCCGGGGAUCGCCCCGUUUUUGUGAUGGCGCCGGGGGGGGGGAUAUCGGUGUCCCCAAGCCAGGGGAGCCCCUGUCCCACCCCAGAGGUGGGACCCGCCGGGGGGAGAAGGGGGGGCCCCGGGUCUCGCCGCAGCCCCCCACGGGAAAUUUGGGGUCCCCCAUCCCCUCCCCACCCUCCUGUCACUGUCCCCUCCCCGCCCUCCUGUCA